GGCCCCUGGCCACACCGGGGAGGUCGAGGAAAAAUGCCAGCUUCUCUAAGAAAACUGCAGCAAAUGGCUGUUUUCAUGGGACUGUUCAGUGGCGGAGGAUGCAUCGUGAUGUAUAAUCUUAUGCAAAAGAGUUUUGCAAGGACCCAGUAUUAUCAGCAGGCUUUGGAACAACUGAACAGCAAUCCUAAUGCCCUGGAAGCCCUGGGCGCCCCUCCUCUUAAAGUUCACAACAUCCGACUGACGGAUGGGAGUAACCGUGUGGACACAGAGAGAGCACAGAUAAAGUUACCAGUAUCUGGAACAAAAUCAGCAGGGUACCUCCACAUUAACUCAGAGAUGGACCACUCCCGUCAAUGCUGGUGUCUUCAGGAUGUCACCUUGAAACUGCGAGACGGUCAGAAUAUCCCCAUCUACCACUCCCUGGUGCAAAGCAUUGGUGUGCAAGAAGGCUAA